AUGGGCGUUCACCCUACGGCGAACCUAGUCGCCGUAUGGAGCAGAAUGUCAGGUCCACCAGGCAUCUCCCACCGACACACUCCGGGGAGUGGCCCCAAAUCAGAGCCCAACAAGGUUUCGUUUUUGCCAACAUGCUAUAGACCUGAAAUAACACCCCGCUCUGGUCGUUUUGCGGAACUCGAUAAAUUACUUGGACCAGAUGGUGGCGGCCCAUUCAGAGAGAGUGCCGACGAUGACCAUGUCGUUCCUCUUGGUGAUGCUUAUCAUACUGGGGCCCAGAUUGUUCCUUAUGUUUCUCAUCCAAUUGUGACCGACUGCCAAAGAGAACGACUGCUUUGGUCACUGGACGGGAAAUUACCCCAGGGUGUCAUAUUCCCUUCAAGUGACGCUCUAACCCGAUUUCUCGCUGGGUACUUCACUGGGUUUUAUCCUCAUAUGCCCUUUACACACGCCCCAACAUUUAAGCUUGAGUCAUGCUCACCUCAACUCUCUCUAGCUAUCCUAGCUCUCGGUGCUGCCAAUCGCUACGAGCUUUCCUCGGCAAUAAAGAUAUUUUAUCUAUCGAAGGCUUUACUGACGGACCACCAACGCCUACGAGAUUAUGCCGCGAUGCAGAAAUUGGCGAGCUCGGGAGGAAGAAACUUUCAUCCGAAGACUGACUACCUGGAUGAGUUACGUUGUCUACUUUGCCUGAGCUGGUUUUCCACGUGGCAGAAAGAUAAUCAUCUAAGGGGCGAAUCCUUAAUGCUUCGUGGAGUAUUAGCACAAACUCUGAGGUUGAGUGGUCUGGAGGAAGUUGCUCAGUACCAAGUGUCUUGGGACACGUGGGCCCAACUUGAAUCAGCCAGACGAACGAAAUUACUUGCAUUCUGUUUCUUGAACCUUCAAAGUAUUGCGUUCGACUUGCCACCGAUUAUAUGGAGUCACGAGUUCAAACUACUGCUGCCAUGUACCUGCCCCGAGUGGACCGCGCCCGAUUCGACUACCUGGAAUCUUCUCAGGGACAAUCUGCCUUGUAGACAGGGCAAUUUCCAGGAUGCAUUGUUAGGACUACUCAAUGCAGAUCAGGAAACUACCGAACAGUGUAUCCCAACCCCGGUUGCUAACUAUGUGCUUUUACAUGGCUUGAUCCAAGGCAUUACAUGGAGUCACACAUUCCCCAAAACCUUGGGCCGCAAACCAUUCCCUGACGAUGCAACUCUGUUCAAAAACGCCCUACGUCGAUGGACGAUCUUCUGGCAGCGGACCCCAGAGUCCAACCUAGAGCCACUAGAUCCAAAUGGGCCCUUGCCAUUUACCUCCAGCGCUUUAUUGAGUCUUGCGUAUAUUCGUGACUGCUCCUGCGCUACCAAUAUAGGCUCACGUAACAUUCAAUCCUGGAACCCUUCUGGUAUUGCCGAAAUUAUUUGCACACUUCCCCCCGGUAAUGCCGAUUGGAACGAAUCACUCGCGGCGCAGCACGCCAGUCAUAUAUUGGGUAUACUAACAAACCUUGGGAUUCAAUAUGUGAAAAAUAACCAGGCACUGGUUUGGAAUAUCGAAGCCGCGUUAUGUGGGUUCGAGUGUGCUGUCUUCCUGGAGAAAUGGUUGAGGGGGCUUCAGCAUACCAUUGGAGACAGGCCGUUGUCUGAACCCGAGCAGAUUCUUUUACAGUGGAUCCGGGACAUCAUAAACGAGAGUCUUAUGUCAAUAGACAAUAACCACGACACAAGCAACCCAUCUCAGAUCAAUGGUCUAGCCGAUCGAGUUGUCGAAGUCUGGUCAGAUAUCAUGAGGGGUAAUUCGCCCUGGGAAUUUAUCAGUAUGCUUGGUGAUGCCCUGGUCGAAACCUCCAUUCGCAACCUCCAUGCUCUCAAGGAGGCGAUCCCGCAGCCCACCAAGCACGAGGUUCUCAUAAAAGUUCACGCUGCCUCCUUGAACUUCCGUGACAUCGCAAUCGCUACAUCUCAGUACCCUUUCCCAGCAAAAGAUGAUGUUAUUCCCGGCUCCGAUGCGGCCGGCGUGGUCACCAAGGUCGGCGAGGGUGUUAAGAAUGUGGCCGUGGGCGACCACGUCAUCGGCACUUUCGAUUUGACCAACCUCUUCGGUCAACAGAUGAACUGGUUGAAUGGUCAGGGUGGACCUAUUGAUGGCGUGCUGCGUGAAUACGUGUGUAUUCCGGCGGCGUCUGUCGUGCAGGUUCCGAAGGACUCGCCGCAGAGCUUCUAUGAAUGGUCCUCCCUGGUUUGUACUGGUGUGACGGCUUGGAAUGCCCUGUAUGCAAAUGUUCCGCUUAAGCCUGGUCAAACUGUCUUAGCUUUAGGAACUGGAGGUGUCUCUAUCACCGGUUUGAUUCUUGCCAAGGCGGCCGGUGCAACAACAAUCAUCACAUCCUCGAGUGACGAGAAGCUCAAGUUUGUGCAGGAGAAAUACGGCGUCGAUCAUGUCAUCAACUACAAGAAGCACCCUGAAUGGUCCAAGGAGGCUCUUCGUCUGACCAAUGGCGCCGGUGUCGAUUAUAUCCUUGAGAACGGUGGAUCAGGCACCAUCGCGGAGAGUUUGAACGCCGUGAAAAUGGGCGGAAAUGUUUCUAUCAUUGGUUUCCUCUCUGCUGCGGAUCAAUCGAAGAUGCCGGAUGUUGCUGGUAUGGCGCUUGCUAAGGGAGCCGUGGUUCGUGGUAUUGUCGUUGGUUCUACUCAGCUUCUCCAGGAGGUUACAAACUUUGUGGCGACCAAGGGGCUGAGGUUGCCUAUUGACAGGGUGUUUGAGUUUAACGAGAAGUCUGUCAUUGAGGCUUAUGGGUACCUAGCGUCUGGAUCUCAGAUUGGCAAGGUUUGCAUCAAGGUGGCGUAA